AUGUCUCUUCAAUCGAUCCGCUACAAGCGCGGCAUGCUACAGGUCCUGGACCAGCUCCAGGUACCCCACGUCGAACGAUAUAUCCCCGUCUCAACAGCUAAGGAAGGAUGGCAUGUUAUAAAAGAGAUGCACGUCCGAGGCGCGCCGGCUAUCGCUAUCGUUGCCGUUCUCUCACUCUCGAUCGAGCUGACAGAGCUGAUGGACCAUGAGAAGCUGUCGACUGAAGCAGACGAGGUCGAAGCCUACAUAUUAGAGAAGCUAGAUUACUUGGUUACCAGUAGGCCUACGGCGGUUAAUUUGAGUGAUGCGGCUAUUAAGUUGAAAACGUUGGUGCAGAAGAGGAAGCAGAUCGGGGACCCCAAGGGCAAAGAUCUGGCGGAGGCGUAUGUUGAGGCGGCGGAGAAAAUGCUGAUUGACGAUGCGAUGGAUAACCAUCGAUUGGGAGACUUUGGAGCAACGUGGAUCGUGAAUAACACUCCUGUAGGUAAGGAGGGAAAGAAGGUCGGUGUCUUGACGCAUUGCAACACAGGCUCUCUUGCAACUGCCGGGUAUGGAACAGCGCUGGGAGUCAUCCGCUCCCUUCUAGCCUCAGAUAAGCUCGAGCACGCCUAUUGCACAGAAACCAGGCCGUACAACCAAGGCGCCAGACUCACUGCCUUUGAACUAGUACAUGACAAGAUCCCAGCCACCUUGAUCACAGAUUCCAUGGCCGCCUCUCUCCUCGCGCAAAAGGGAGCCGGCCUCGCCGCCAUCGUGGUAGGAGCAGACCGGGUUGUCGCAAACGGAGACACUGCCAACAAGAUCGGAACAUAUCAACUGGCUGUGCUCGCCAAAUAUCACGGCGUGAAGUUCAUCGUUGCCGCGCCCAGAACCACUAUUGAUCUGCGCACCAAGGAAGGAGAGGAUAUCAUAAUUGAAGAACGAGCAAAAUCGGAAGUCACCAGGAUCACAGGCCCACGUAUCAGUGAUCUGGGUAAAAACGAGGAGAACAUCACUCUUGAAACCGUCAACAUUGCUGCCCCUGGAAUCGACGUCUGGAACCCCGCCUUCGAUGUCACGCCGUACGAUCUUAUCGACGCCAUUGUAACGGAAGUCGGUGUUGCCGAGAAGAAUGCAGACGGGCUUUUCCAGCUAGAGAAACUCUUUGGCUUCCCAUAA